ACGUAUCAACCGCUUUUAAAAUAAAUGAAGGUACAAUGGCUUGGGUAAAUCUUAGUUUAGGGUCAAUUAUUCCACCACAUUCCUGGAGUGCAUUUUCGCUUUGCGGACCCGAUAAUAAUACUUUAGUAAUGUUUGAUGGCGAUUUUGGUGCUACGAAUCCUGCAAACCUAGUUUUCACUUAUAAUCUAAAAACACUACAAUGGAACGAUCCAAUAACCCCAGGCCAACCUCCAAAUAAACAUACAUGUUCUGUUUGUGACAUUAAAAUAGGAAAAAUGUAUAUGUUUUCCGGAUAUUUAAAUGUGGAAAAUGUUGCUAUGGAUAUUCUUGAUACAAAAAUAGUGUAG